AGCAGGGCGAACGGGGAGUGUUUUGUGAGAGUUGUCUGUCACCAAGGAGAAGAGAACAGGACUUGGAAGGAGGAAGCACGACAGACCAGGGACCCGGCCCUGCAAAAGAGAUUCUCCCUCUUUUUACGGAUCUUGCACCAGAAGUUCUGCAAAUCCCCAAAGGACACGUUUGUGUGAAUAUGUUCGAGGUGUUCGAGGGCGUAAGAUAGGAGGAUAUCAGAUAUUCGUGGUGUAAGGGUAAUCCAAUAGUUGCCUCGUGGAGUAGUGGUGGACCAACGAGGGACGCUCUGCUCUUGCCAGAAACGAGUUUUGAACCAAGGACAAGCUGAUGAUGGGCCACCAUUAAUGGUGAGGACCAUGAGGUCAUGAGAUGGGAGAUCUUAGGAAGUCAUUUCACCAACAUUUCGACAAGACGAUCCAGCCAUGCUGCUGUAGGGAAUCAAAUGUAUCCCUGGUUUCUGUGAGAACUGAUGGCGCAUGGAGCCAAAGUCUGCCUUGAAAAUAUAACUUUGAGGUGGAUUUGUUUUGAUGCCACAGGUGGUUGGGAGUGGCUCAAGGGAUGGGUUGAUGAACAGCAAGGAGAGAGCUGGAGUUUUUAAGGUUGCUGAGCAGAUUUUGUACUGAGUCCCCCCCCCCCCAGCGCUUGAAGAUGUCCGGAAUCCAGGAGGCUCGUAUGAGGAGCAUCCGUCCAUACAAGACCGGGGAACAAUACCUCUAUGCCAUGAAAGAGGACUUGGCCGAGUGGCUGAAGGAACUCUAUGAUGUGGACAUUAACGUGGAGUUCUUCUUGGAAGCCCUGGAGACAGGGGUCUUGCUCUGUCACCAUGCCAACAGCAUCACCCAAGUGGCUUGGGACUUUGAGCAGAGGUACCCGGGUCUGAGCCACAAGCUCCAGCUGCCCACCUGCGAAGUGACUUGCAACGACUUUGCUCAGCCAGGGACCUUCCAAGCCAGGGACAACGUGUCCAACUUCAUCCGGUGGUGCCGGAAGGAGAUGGGCAUUAAAGAAGUCCUGAUGUUCGAGACGGAAGACCUGGUCUUGCGCAAGAACGAGAAGAACUUUGUCCUCUGUCUCCUGGAGGUGGCCCGCCGAGCCGCCCGCUUUGGCAUGAGUGCCCCCACCCUCAUCCAGAUGGAGGAGGAGAUCGAGGAGGAGAUCCGCGAGGACCUGAACCUGCCGCCGGAAGAGACCCCCCUCCCACGGGCCCAGAGGAAGCCGGCCAAUUUCAAGAACCUCGACCAGAUGGUCCAGUGUCUCGUCAGCCGUUGCACCUGCCCGGUCCAGUUCUCCAUGAUCAAAGUCUCAGAAGGGAAAUACCGCGUGGGCAAUUCAAACUUGCUGAUCUUCGUCAGGAUCCUGCGGAAUCACGUGAUGGUCCGAGUGGGCGGUGGCUGGGACACCCUAGAGCACUACCUGGACAAGCAUGACCCCUGCCAGUGCACCUCGCUCUCUCACAAACAAGCCUUGAGGGCAGGCAGCCCUCAGAAGAUGCAAGCCACGCCGGUCCAACAUGAAAUCACAGCCCGCUUAACGCCCAGGAAAGACAACCCCAAGUCCCAGCCUGCUUUGAUUGUCACCCGAUCCCAAAGCCCGCUACCCCCAGUGGAGUGGAGGACCUAUACUCCUAACAGCCCUGGGUGGAAGACUCUGCAGCGGUCACCUCCAAGCAACGGUGGCAGCGGCGGCAGCAGUAGGAAAACCACAGCUCUGCUUAUCUCCCCGGAGGUCUCAGAACAUCGGAGAGUCCCUUCCGUCAGGGCGAGGUCAGUGACUCCAACCCGGAGGCUGCCGGGCCCCGAAGAGAGACCCGCAUCUAAGCCAACUCUCUCUAUGCAGAGCGGAAGAGAGGCAUGCCCUGUCCUGUCCCAGCUGAACGGAAGCACGGAGAACAACUUGCCCGUUCGGAAAUCUGUCUCAGAGGCACAUCGCGGAAGGUCUCCUGCCAGAAUCCCAACGCCGACACCUCACAAAGAGAAACCAGAGAGGCCAGCGUCAUCCAGAGCUGCUACACUGAGGGCUCCAGUGACCUGGCGUCCAGGAAGGUCCCAGCCUGAAAUAAACGGCCCGCAGGCCCGCUCUUGCAGUCCAACCAAGCACUUCCAGGCCCCAAUGGAAAGCCCUGCAAGGCCGCAAGGUGGAGUCACCGUACACAGCUGGAGUAAGGACUCAAUAGCGUGGCGAUCACCCUCCCCAGUAAAACACGCAGGUGUAACUCAGAAAGAAGACAGCAGUGCCAAGACCUCUGGAAGAGUUGCCCCAACAUCAUACAGGCCACCAGCAAUUGGUAGCAGCUACCAAGAGGCGUUCUGUUUCAGAAAUGGGGGUAACACCCUGGACAAAAACCAAGCCAACCUGCCCAGGAAAGAGCUUUUCAAGGGCAAGGCCCCACUUCUGAGAGAACAGGGCAAGGCUGUCAGCCUGGAAGCAUCAGCCAGCAGGUUCUCCAACAGCUCAGGGGGUGGAAUCGGUCAGAAAGUGAAGGAUGGUGGGAGCUUAGCUGGGCAAGAGGGUGUUCCAGGAAGACCUUGUAAAGAUGGCCGAAUGAGUCAAGGGGAUACCAAGGAACUGGGCAGGGGAACAGAACGUGUUUACACACCACUGCCUAUCGAUCCGGUGGAAGAACAAGCUCUGUACAGGAGCCUAGAGGAUGAGAUUUUGGCCAACAUCAAGGAGCUGGAGGAAGUCUCUGAAGGCAACCCCGUUUCUCAAGGGAGUCAGCUAGGAGGGUUUGGAGUGGACUGUUGCCAAGGAAGAGAUGCCAUGGCCUUGACCUGUAAUGGGCCGAGGGUCUCCACACCCACCUGGUCCUCUUUGCCUAUCACCCCGAGGACCUCAGUCUCUGAGGGAAGUGUGCCUCGGAGCGGGGUCUAUGUGCCUGAGAGGGAGAUGAGGUGGCACCCCGCGGGACUACAUUACGACAGCGUUGUUCAAGAGCUCUCCAAGACACUGCACCGGGAGCACGCAGGGACUGAGGGAAGUCCCCCCCAGUCAAGUCCAUCUCUGGUGAAUGGAAACCAGGCCAGAAAAACAUUCCUAGACAGAGAAAGUCCUGUUCCUGAGAAGAACUGUGUGGCCCCUGAAGCAGAAGGUGGAGAACCACACCACACAGCUUGUGUGGAAGUGGACGGAAACGCCAGAGCCUCUCAAGCGAUGCCAGGCAGACCUCCUGAUUCUCCAGAGCACUCUCCAGCUCCUGAGGACACAAAACUACCUCAGAGUAAGCCGAGGCGGUCUCUGAAGAAACCGGAGAGGGUGCCCUCCAUUUACAAGCUGAAGCUGCGCCCCAAAAUCCGGCCACGCAGAGACAACAGGCCCGAAAAGAGGCCUUCAAGGAUCCCCACUCCAAUCGCGUACAGGCAUGCCCAAAGAGGAUCCAGCGUCAAGGCCCAGGCGAAGAAGGCCCACAGCGUCAAAUCCCAAAUCUGGAGUGACCAGGCUGCCGUGAGGCAAUAUGGCUCGGGGGACACUGGGUCCAAAGACCAGGCUGCACUUUCUGACUACAGCCCUUCCUCCACACAAGACGGGGGUCCUGGGAGGAAAACAAGUGUGACAGAGGGGGAAACGGAGGCGUCAAGUGUGGAGGAGUCCUGGGUGUGACAUUUCCUUAAAGAUGCGAUUGCAGUCUCGGAAUUGCAGUUGCGGUCUUUUCUUGUGCCUAACCCCCAUCGCCAAGCUUUGUUUCUGGUGGUCUCAGUUUCGGGCCAGAAAAGUGAAUUAAUGAGAAUUGUACCAUAUGCAUUUAUGGUUGUGUGCUAACUAUGCAGUAUGUUGAACCAGGGGUGGGGUGGGGACCCCUCUCUCCUACUCCCUCAGCUACCUAAACAGUUAGCAGACACCAAGUGCAGGUCUUAGCUUGUAACCCUGAAAGCUAGAAGCUUGCAGCUGUACCUCUGUGGGUGUGUUGAUCCCACAGGGAAACAAAAGGUUGCCAAUGGGGAGCUGUAUGUUCUACAUAUCAUUAUCUUUGUUCUUCGACUUUCUGGAAAUAAACUUGGAUGAAUGCAGGUGCUGUUGGGGGGCAUUUAGUUGAGUAUCUUCUGCGUCUCUGCAGUUCACAAAACAAAGGUGGAAGAUGGCUCAUUUGCUAAGGUCUGGUUUCCUGGUUGUGCUAUAGAUAGCGACAGAUUCUGUCAUGCACCUGCCCCCAACAUCUAUCAGGCUUGUUCUUGGUUGUCACACAAGCCCAAAGAUGAGGAACCUGUGGUUCUCUGGCUGUUUUUGGACUCCCAGUCACCAUAGACAAUGAGUGAUGGGGAUGAUGGCAGCUGGAGUCCAGCGACACCAGGAGGGCCACCAAUUUUCCACCAUGAAGAAUCGAAUCCUGCUCCAGGGUUUAAAAUAGCAGGAGCUGAUUUUGGAUGCAUUGUUUGCAUCCAUGAGAACUAGAGCCUUCUGACUCUUUCAAUAAAGGAAGUUCAGACUCUCCGAAUUCCGUGUAGGUUGGGGGACUAAGAACGUGCAGAAUCAGCUCAGAACAGAGAGAACACACAGGCCUCCUGGUAUGUUUAAUAGGAUUGCAUUUGAUUAAAUAUUAAUGCAAUAAAGUCUGAUUUGAUGAAUAUUUUUUUUUUAAAGAAGGGGCCAUCGCACUUGUCAGUUACCCAAAUCCCCUUGCACUUAUUCGCCAGGAGAACAUCAGGAGGUGGGAGCAUGUUUAAUUCUUAAUGAGCAAUUAGCUGGAGCACUCCCUGUCUGCUUUAUCUCCAUGCGUAAAAGUGUUAGAAACUUAACUAUAUAUAUAAAAUUUUAAUUCAGAGAGGGACCUGGAAUAUCUCCAGGGGGGCAUUGCUAGGUCCAUGGAAUACUUGGGGCCCUAAUUUACAUAAAAUGUGUAUGCACAAAUAUAGGGCAGCUUUCAGAAGAUGAGCAGCCCCGUAUUCAAUUAGUAUUAUUAUUGUUUUUAAAAAAAGUUUAAAAGAAGGAGAAAGAGCAGGAGACCCCAUGCAUAGUUUAAAGGCACUUGCUCUGCAACCCAUCCCGUAACAACGCCUUUGCAGCCCUGACCUUGGCUAGAACCCUGACUCUCGCUGCCUUGCAGGGGUUAGACUAGAAGACUCUUGGAAGUAUUGGAAGACACAAGAUCUACCCACCCUGGAAG